CGCCCCGUGCUCGUGUUCCUCACGCCCCGCGCCCCAACCAUCCCGGCAGCCUGGCAAGGCAGCUUCGCCCAGUGUCCGGAGAGUCUCAGCGUGAAUAUAAUCUUCCAAGUGUCAACGUCUGAGAUCGCCCAAAUCAAGCUUCUAUCCAUCGUCAUGGCUCUCGCCUCUCCAAGCAACCUCUUGUCCCUGCACAAUGCAGGCGGCAAGACUACCAGUGCACUCCCCUUUCGCUUCGCAAUGCGAUACGACUACAACCCCAAAGUGACCGCGAUUCCAGAUCUUACCCUCUUUGAUGGACUCUCUCCGGACGACCCUGGCCCCAAGGCCCUGCCAACACUGGCCGAGUGCGCGGUCCACCUUGAGAUGCUAGAGGCCUUUCAGACUCUACGGCAGGAGGUUAUCCACUCAAAGAAGUUGGACAAAGCCUUUGGUAUAGAGCCCAAGAAGACGACGGUCUACCGAAAAGUGUGGAACGGCGCGAGGCGCAGGAAGGAUCGGACGUACACGAUCGACAAGCAUGUCCUCAAGGACCCCGACUUUGCCAGCAAACGAAAGAACAAGUGGACGUAUUUCCUUCAGAUUAGUGCAGUGCGAUUUCACACCUGGAUCCAGGUCGUGAACAGGUGCCUCAAGGACCAUGACGCAAACGGCGCGCCUAUUCCUCGGUACCUGCUCUUGCCACCACUAGACAUUCUGAUCAUCUGGCACGCUUACCUUCUAAAUUGCGACGAUUUCAAGGCGUACUGCGCUGUGCAGAACCUCCACCAUGUCCAGAACAUUGCGUUCCCAUGGGCCGCCAUCCACAAUGCAAUCGAUCGCGAGACAUGGAGCUAUACAGUCCCAUCGGAACAAGCAGACUGGCUUCGAGAAAACGGCGACCUAGACGCCAGCCUGAUCGACGCGCUUUCAGAAACGACCACGAGCCCCAAAAACCCCGCCUGGAGCCUGCUCAAGGAGUUUGGCAGCAUGACGAAAAAGCCCUGGACAGAGGGCCUUCACGAUCCCCUCGUGCAAAUCAUCCUCAAAGCCCGAGCCACUCGAGGUUCGAACGAAGCCCUCGUCAACAACGUCGAGCGUCAAGUCGUCUUCGUCGACAAGAUGCACGGCCACCGCUGGAUCCGCAGUCCAGCCGUUCACGGUACGCUAAGAAGGGCAGUAGAUCGGUACGAUAAAUUCCUGCACCUCUUCCGGCUGUAUCCAAACACCUUCCUCGUUCCGACCCUCGACGUCGAUCUCGUCUGGCAUACGCACCAGUGUAGCGCGGAGAAUUAUCGGGCGUUUGUGACGGAGCGCGUGGGAAAGUUUAUCAACCACGAUGAUAAGAUCGGUCGGGGCACGCUGGAUAACGGGUUCACGAGCGCGGAGGAGUGGUAUCGGCUGACGUAUGGCGAGCAGUAUCAGGUGUGUUUGUGCUGGUCGUGUGAGGCGAUUCUUUCGGCUGUGGAGAAGCUCGACGAUGAUGUACUGGCCGCGGAGGAUGCGACGGCCUCCCUUCGUGAUUUGUCAGUGCGCAUUGAGCGGGAGGUCAAUUAUUAUCGCGAGGUUGAGACUGCGAGGCGAUUGGGCAAGAAUUUGCCCGUGGGCUGGAAUCAUCAUAAGGCAGCGUAACUACCGUAUACAAUGGAGCAGGCGUUCACGCUUUCAAGGUCCCGUCCUGGAUGCACGCGAUUGAAAGCGAGUGCGCUCCCUAGCAACAGGCAACCCUUCGAGCAGUUAGUGCCACUCGUAAACUUCAUUUAACCUCUCAUAUUUCCUAUGAAUUCAAGCUCACAUUCCGUGAUAUCAAUCAAAGCUUCUAAGAACGUAAAUCGUCACCG